GCGAGAGAAACAGUCUCCAGUCCGGAGCUCUUCAUUGGCCAGCGUGCUGUACAAAUCAGACUCCGGCAACUUCAGACCAGAAGAGAGGCGAAUCAUUACCGGCAUAGGCUUCACCGCCAUCGCUGAAAACGAAAACAAGCCAGAAGUAUAAAGAAAAGAGACUGAAGGACGUCCUCAGUCUCCCCGCUCAGCUUUCCAAAUUUUCUCCAACUUCACUCCCACAACCAUCUUGAGCAUGAUGUCGUAUCUUAAGCAACCACCUUACACGGUCAACGGACUAAGUUUAACUACCUCCGGUAUGGACCUUCUACAUCCGUCCGUUGGAUACCCAGCUACUCCUCGAAAGCAAAGGCGGGAGAGGACAACAUUCACUCGAGCUCAACUAGAUGUGCUGGAGUCUUUAUUCGCCAAAACGCGCUACCCGGAUAUUUUCAUGCGCGAGGAGGUGGCCUUGAAAAUCAACCUCCCAGAGUCCCGUGUACAGGUUUGGUUCAAAAACCGAAGGGCUAAGUGCCGCCAGCAGCAGCAGCAACAACAAAACGGAGGCCAGAACAAGGUGCGACCUGCCAAAAAGAAGAGCUCUCCGGCGAGGGAGGCCAGUUCUGAGAGCGGGGCGAGUGGCCAGUUCACACCGCCCUCCAGCACUUCAGUCCCGGCGAUCUCCACCACAACAGCGCCGGUGUCCAUUUGGAGCCCGGCCUCCAUCUCGCCGCUUUCAGACCCACUCUCAACCUCCUCCUCCUGCAUGCAGCGAUCCUACCCAAUGACCUACACUCAAGCGUCCGGAUAUAGCCAGGGUUAUGCUGGUUCCACAUCCUACUUUGGUGGCAUGGACUGCGGUUCUUACUUGACGCCCAUGCACCAUCAGCUGACCGGGCCAGGAUCAACUUUGAGCCCCAUGAGCAGCAACGCUGUUACCAGUCACCUGAACCAGUCUCCAGCCUCCCUUCCCACACAGGGUUACGGUGCCUCGGGGCUCGGCUUCAAUUCCACUGCGGAUUGCUUGGAUUAUAAGGACCAAGCGUCCACGUGGAAACUGAACUUCAAUGCUGAUUGCUUGGAUUACAAAGAUCAGACUUCCUCCUGGAAAUUCCAGGUGUUGUGAAACUAACAAAACAUCUGCCAUUUGUCCAAUCAACACAUUAAAAGACUAUAAAAUAAACGUUGUAGACCUGCCAUCGUUCCAAAAACAGAAGUGUUCCGUGAAGCGUGAACUGUCCGAGGUGGAUGCUUGCACUGUGCCCGACAGCGCUUUUGAAGUUCGUCUUAGUCAUGAAAUAUCUAUUUGAUUUUGAGCUACAUGCACCCUUCAUGGCGUGCAAAGUAUUUAAAGGGUCGUGAGUAUGUAGAAACAUAGGGCUUUUGACCACAACCUGUUACGGUAGAGGGAAUCAAAGUGCAUUUGUAAUAAGUUAGGUCAAAGCCACAGAAAAAAAAAAUCAUUACGGAAGAAAAGAGGAGAAAAAAAAAUAACACGGCAAAAGGAGCCAAUCUAUUGGUUAAGUGCUUGGAAUGGGCAGGCUUUCCCUGAGCCUCUUACUGCACGCCGACCUAUUUCAGAGUUGGCAAGACGAGAGACACUUCCAUCAGGAGGAUGAUAGAGAGAGAGAGAGAGAGAGAGAGAGAGAGAGUGUGUGUGUGUGUGUGUGUGUGUGUGUGUGUGAGAGUGUGUGAGAGUGUGUGUGUGUGUGUUGAACGCCCCCAUGGCGACCUGGAUGCACUACUUUAUUUAAGAAAAGGCGUUUAUAAGGAAUCAAUACGUAUAGUUUUUAAAAGACAAUCAGUGUGUGUCUUAUAUAAAUGGUACAUUUGUGUGUAUGUGUGUGUUUUUUUUAUUUUUUAUUUUAUCUGUGCUAGCCUUCGAAACUGUGAUUUGUUGUAUCUGUAUGCAAUUUGUGAGCUCCGUCGCAUCUGCGAAGGCUCGGCUGUAAUUUUAAUAGAUUUUUAACUCUUUUUUUUCCCCACAACGGUAAAUAAGUCACAUGAUUACUAUUGAAUAACUUUCAAGAGAGAAACCAUCUCGAGAAUACAGGGACUCAAGAGAAUGUGUAAGAAAGAGAAGAAACUGUCUGUCCCCAUUUAUUGAUCUCAAUUGGUCAUAGUAACAUACCACCCACGUGGAUCUUAAACUUGUCUGGAGUGGUAAUGUGGUCCCUCCAGAGGAACUGUAAUAAACAAUGUCAAAUCUGACAGUAUAUUUAAAGUUAAGUCUGGAGGAGUUAUUAAAAUUGACUAUGACUUGUAUGUGUUUUCUUGUGUUUUAAAGGUUGCCAUAGCUUGAAAUUUAAAAGACUAUAAAGUUGAUUAGGACGGAGAGGCACGAUUUAUGAGACUACAAGAAUAAAAUAAA